AUGGUUCUUGGAGUUGUGUGCAAUGAGGAGAUGUCAUGCCUCCUCACUUCUUUCCUCGGGGCUUAUGGGUCAAGGCUGCUGAUUAUAAGGAGUGUUCCGAAAAGCAAGUGUCACGAAUUUAAGCCGGGGAAAAAACGUCCAAGGACAACAUCUGAGAACAUGAUACCCAACGUGAUUUUUAGUCGAAUCAUUUCAUGUCGAGGGUAUAAAGAAAUCCAGUAUUCUCUCAACAAACAGGCUCUUCUAUAUCAGCUGGGUAAAAAACAAUGGACUUUUACGCCAAACAAUAGAUUGUAUUCAAGUCACGUCAAUGAUUGUCACCGAAUUAGUUAUCGUCAUGCUGCAUCAAGUGUCAGCUUAAAAGGUGUUACGAUUGGAAACCUUUUCCAAGAACAAGUUGAGAAAAUACCUGACAAGGAAGCAUUGGUUUUCUACUCUGACAAAAUACGUAAAACAUUUUCUCAAUUUCUUGAAGAGUGUGAUCAAUUUGCAGCUGGCCUCCAUUGUCUGGGAAUUAAAAAAGGAGACAGGCUUGGAAUUUGGGGACCAAAUACUUACGAAUGGGUUCUGACAGAGUUUGCAGCCUUUAGAAGUGGAAUAAUACUGGUCAGUGUCAAUCCAGCCUACAAGAAAGAAGAACUAAAAUAUGCCUUAAAUAAAACUGACAUGAAGGCUAUUGUGAUUGCCGAAGCAUUACCAAAGCAAGAUUUUUAUGAUAUCCUGUUUCAGCUGGCCCCUGAAUUAGAAACAGCUCCACCUGGAGGACUAAAUGCCCAAAAUGUGCCUCAUUUGAAAACUGUUAUUAUGAUGGGACAAACAAACAAACCAGGCUCAUUUUUAUUUAAUGAUGUUAUACAGGCUGGAACUACGAAAGAUCGACAGUACAUUCUUGAUAUUCAGAAAAAAUUACAAUUUGAUGAGCCAAUCAACAUUCAGUUCACUUCUGGAACAACUGGAUCAUCAAAAGGAGCUACUCUGUCCCACCACAAUAUUGUCAACAAUAGUUAUAUUGCGGGGUUACGGUUAGCAUAUGAUAAGAUGGAAACUCGCAUUUGUGUUCCAGUCCCUUUGUUCCACUGUUUUGGUUCAGUCCUUGGCUCCCCUCAUGAUGCUAACUCAUGGAGCAACUUGUAUCUUUCCAUCAAAAGUAUUCAAUACAAAGAAAGUUUUAGCUUGCUGUACAAAGAUGAAAAGUAA